ACCUGCUUUCGUUGCAGGAGCCUUGCUGCUGGUGUCGUCUCUUCAUCUGCAGGCCAUGGCGUGGGAAGACAAAGAUUUCUUCAGCUCAUGCCCGCCGUCGCGGUGCAGCGACCAUGGCCCGGAGAUCAGGUUCCCUUUCCAACUUGAAUCCAGCAAUACACCGUCCUCCUGCGGCGUACCAUGCAUGAAGCUAUCAUGCUCUGGCCAAGACACCAUCCUAGAAAGCAAAUACUCCAGCCUUGGAAGCCCAUACAAGGUGAUCGCCAUAGAUUACAAGUAUACUACCCUGACCAUCGUCCCCCUCAGAGGCUUGAACUCCUCCUGCCCUCUUCUACAAUCUGUACCACUUCCUUCUCUCAAAUCUGCUUAUUAUUACCACGAUGCAAACUGGAGCUCUUGUGACAUAUACGAUUGGGAUUCUGCAGUCUUAGUAAGCUGUUCAGCAGAGUUGACACCAACUAGAAUCCCUGAUGUUGCUGCCGCCAGUGCUAUUGCUGGCCCAAUCUCUUGCCUCAGCAACGCAACACACUUCUCUUAUUUGGUUGCUUUUGAUGUACCCACGUUUCUUAUUCCCAUCGAGUGUGAGGUCGUCUCAGAUGGCCGCAUUCCGAUACCAUAUUUUUACUCUGGUGAUACCUACAAAUUCAGAGGAAGUGCAGAAAGAAUCCUUAGUUUUUCCGACACGACGGCCGAUUGGAGAUACUACGCAAAUGACGCAGCCAACAAUUGCUCGCAGUGUGAAGGGCAAGGCCGACACUGUGCAUUCAGCUCACAAAGGAAUCAAACAUUCUGCAUGCGUCGAGGUUCACGUAUCAAAGUAAUUGCAGCUACAUCAUCCGUUGCCGCUUUUGUUGUUCUAUUAUCAAUGGUGGGUACUGCACUCUAUCUUUCACUGAGGACAAGAUAUAAUGAAGAGAUACAUCUGAAGGUAGAAAUGUUCCUUAAAACGUAUGGCACAUCAAAACCCACAAGGUAUAGUUUCUCUGAAGUAAAGAAGAUAGCAAGACGGUUCAAGGUUAAACUAGGACAAGGUGGAUUUGGAAGUGUGUACAAAGGCGAGCUACCAAAUGGAGUCCCUGUGGCGGUAAAGAUGCUAGAAAAUCCAAAAGGAGAUGGAGAUGAAUUCAUCAAUGAGGUUGCAACUAUAGGGAGAAUCCACCAUGCAAACAUUGUCCGCCUCCUUGGCUUUUGCUCUGAAGGAACAAGGCGGGCACUUAUUUAUGAGUUCAUGCCUAACGAUUCGUUGGAGAAAUAUAUAUUCUUGCAUGAUUCUAAUACUUCUCGAGAAGUCCUAGUACCAAACAAGAUGCUAGAUAUUGCCUUAGGCAUUGCCCGAGGAAUGGAGUACCUGCAUCAAGGAUGUAACCAGCGUAUCCUCCACUUUGAUAUCAAGCCUAACAACAUUUUGCUGGACUACAACUUCAGCCCAAAGAUUUCAGACUUUGGCCUUGCAAGGCUGUGUGCAAGGGACCAAAGCAUCGUUACCCUGACAGCAGCAAGAGGCACAAUGGGCUAUAUUGCACCAGAGAUAUAUUCACGGAACUUUGGAGAGAUAUCUUACAAGUCAGAUGUCUAUAGUUUCGGCAUGCUGGUGUUAGAAAUGGUCAGCGGAAGGAGGAACUCAGACCCAAGCGUUGAAGUCCAAAACGAGGUUUAUUUCCCAGAAUGGAUCUAUGAACAGGUUACCACUGGACAGGAUUUGACACUCACUAGGGAAAUGACACAAGAAGAGAAAGAAACGAUAAGACAGCUGGCCAUUGUGGCUCUAUGGUGCAUUCAGUGGAACCCAAAGAACCGGCCAUCAACGACAAAGGUGGUGAACAUGCUAACAGGGAGGUUGCAGAAUCUACAGGUGCCACCUAAGCCCUUUUUCUCAGCUGAUAACCAUCCUGUGCUGUAAGACUCGCAGAACAUGUUGCCACAAUUUAGUAAAGGAAUAAAUGCGAUAGAUAAACUCAAUAUAUUUGUUGCAAUAGA